CCUUAUCUUCUUCGUCUCCGCCUCAUGGCCUCUCAUUCUCGUUUCUUCUCUCACUCUGCUACUCUCAACUCCCUCUCUUCCAUCCCUCGUCCCCUUUCUCUUCUUCACGCCCAGGUCCAGUUUGUCAUUAAGGCGCAUUCCGAAUGGACUUUUGGUUAGAAGUGUGUUUUUGCCAAGAACGUUUAUGUCAUCCAGCAUUACCAAUGAAGCUUUUCAGGAAACCAGCAGCAGCUCAAAAGCAUAUGGCUCUGAGCAAAUCCAGGUCCAGUUUGUCAUUAAGGCGCAUUCCGAAUGGACUUUUGGUUAGAAGUGUGUUUUUGCCAAGAACGUUUAUGUCAUCCAGCAUUACCAAUGAAGCUUUUCAGGAAACCAGCAGCAGCUCAAAAGCAUAUGGCUCUGAGCAAAUCCAGGUACCGGAAGGCUUAGACCCUGUUAGAAAAAGGCCAGGAAUGUGUAUUGGAGGUACAGGACCUCGUGGUCUGCACCAUUUGGUUUAUGAAAUAUUGGAUAAUGCCAUUGAUGAGGCACAAGCAGGUUAUGCCACACACAUGGAUGUUAUUUUGCAUCCAGAUGGUUCUAUUCCUACUGACUUGCAUCCUGUGACAAAAAAAUCUUCCUUGGAGACUGUAUUGACGGUCUUACAUGCUGGUGGCAAGUUUGGUGGUUCAAGCAGUGGGUAUGGUGUGUUUGGUGGAUUGCACGGUGUGGGUUUAUCUGUUGUUAAUGCCUUGUCUGAGUUUAUCUAUAUUGACAGCAAGUGCUUUACUAACCUGGAUAACUUGCCAAAAUUCGUAGCCUAUGUUGUGCACCACCGCUACCCCAAUAACAUCCUUGGACUCAGUGUUUGUGCACAUAGAGGCAUUCUAGGGGAUGACCUAUUGGAUAGAAUCAUGAACUUUGUCAUUUCUCAUGGUGAGAUGCUUGAUUUGUCUUUUGGUGGCUCUAGAAAUUGCUUGUUACUGCCUCAAAGGAUCUUCAACUGUCAAUCUCUAAGGGUUCUCAAACUUUCUCAUUUUGGUAACAAUGGUGUACCAAACUCAAUUGGUCUGGCAUCAGUGAAGACUUUGACUCUUUGCGACAUUACACUGGACAACAAAAGUCAUUGCUUUGAUCACUUUUCAAGCUGUAUGAAUCUGGAGAAUAUUGUUUUGGAUGAUGUUCUUGUAGUCUUCUCGACUGUUUUCAAUAUAAUAACUCCUAGGCUAGUCAAUUCGGCAAUGUCCAAUGUUAAAUAUUUUAUUGCAAGUGAACCUGAUGAGUGGGAUUUUGCUUCCAUAGAUAAACUGAAGGUUGUAAUCUCUGCACUAAGACUGACCUCCUUCAGCUUCACAUGUGACGGACCAGUGUUGUUGUCAAUGGAUAAUUCUCCCAUUCUUGAAAAGUGAACCUUAGCAUGUUGCAUUAUGACUUUCCAUGUACUCGGGAGGAAGGUUCCUUUAUGUUUCUGAUUAAUAUGUUGCAGCAGCUUGGUAAUGGAAGAUCACUUACUGUAUCAUUAGGUUUUGUUAAGGAUAUUUGGAAUGGAAUCUUAUUUGACAUGCUUAAUAUCCAAUAAUUUUUAAUUUCUUAAAAGCUAAUUAUUUGUUUUGUUUUUCCAUAACCAGAAUUUAAAAUUGUCUGUUGUACUUUGAAGUUUCUUUCACAGCAUUCCAGAUUGCUUGUAAGAACAACCAUUUCCCUUUUCUAAACUGGAGUCAUUGAAAGUAGUGAGACGAUGACAGAGUUGCAACAAUAUUCCUCCAGAAGUGAUGAACUUUUUGGUUCAGGGCUCUCCCAUGGCUGAGGAGCUUCUCACGAACUUCCAAAAGGUAUGUAAUAUUGACAAAGUGCUUAACUGCUAUCGCCUUGUAGUAGUGUUAAUUGCAUUCCUUUUUAACUCCCAAAUGGUGAUAUUUUUGCAAGCUGAAAAGUGCUUAACUGCUGUCUCUCCAUCUUUUUUAUUUUUUUUUUAUUUUCUUUCUUUCCUUUAAUAUGUUGUAGGCAGAAAAGAAGAAUGUGUAAGCAGCCUAUGGAUGACUGGCCAGAUGUAUGACACGGUUGAACAACUUGAUGUUGUGUCCUCAUUUUAUCUUCUGCUCCAUUUUGUUUUCCAGCUUUUUUGGCUAAUCCUAAUCGGAAAAAGUGUUGUGCGGUUUGGAUUGUAUUAAAUUGCACAAUCAUAA